AUGUCUUCGAACGAAGUUGUAUCAGUUAAUCCUCCACUGGACGAGUUAACUUUGACUCCAGAAAAUUUACAAAGUAUUAUUAAUUUAUUAAGAAAAAAUGGUUUAAUACAAACAGAAGAAUCAUUAACAAAAGAAGCUGGUCAUUUAUUAAAAAAUAUUGGCGGUGGUGAUGAUGGUCAAGAUGAAGAAAUUUAUCUAGAUAAAGUAUCUUCUGAGUUUGAAGGACUUUUAGAUCAUAUACAAAAAACUCCUGACUAUUUAAAAGGUGACAUUGCCACUCUCAUAUAUCCUAUGUUUGUUUAUCUUUUUAUUGAUAUGAUUAUGGAUGAUAAAGCAAAUAUUAGUGUUACUUUUUUUGAGAAAUAUAAGGCUAAUGUUCCAGAAUGGUAUCAAGAACAAAUUUUUACUCUUUCAAGGAUAAAAUCAAAAAUUCAAGCUCAAAAUUGUGAACUUGUUAAAAUUUUAUGUAAUAGUAAAUUUACAGUUCGAGUUUCUAAACAAUGUUUAAAAAAUAUUGAAAAUUUAAUGAAUUUAUUUCCAAUGUUACAAAAAAUAGAAAAAGAAAGAUUGAAGAUAGAGAGUUAUGAUCAAGGGCAAAAACAUAUAUCAACACUUGAAUGUGAAUUAGGUGGUUUGUUGGGACAAUCUGCAACAGGUGAAAAAGGUGAUAAAAAAUACAAAGUAUUAUAUGGUACAUUAAAAGAGGAUAUAACAGAUAGUUUUGCUUCUGAUAAAAAAAGGCAAAAAAUGAAAGAAGGAAAAGAGAAUAAAAAAAAAGAUAAUAUAAUACCUGCAAUAGACCGAAUUCCAUUACCAACAUUAACAGAAAAUAUGAAAUCUGAUAGAAGGGCUGCUCAAAAAGAAUAUCAAAAAAGGUGUAAAUUAGGUAAAGAUCAACCACCUACAAUAUGUAUGUAUACAUUUUUAAAUGGUAGAAAAGGAGUAUGUUCUGUUGAUAUAACAGAGGAUUCACAAAUUGUUGGAGCAGGACUUUUUGAUUCUAGAGUUUAUGUAACUUCUAUAGGAGAUAAUGAAUUAAAAUUAAUAAAACCAAUUUCUGAAUUAGAAGAAUUAGAUCAAGAUGAUUUAAUAAAAGAUGAUGAUUUAUAUGAUAAUAAUCAUACACAGAAAAAUUUUUAUAUGUAUGGUCACAGUGCUCCAGUUUAUUCUGUAAAUUUUUCACCAGAUAAGAAAUUAUUGUUAUCUAGUUCUCAUGAUAACACUGUAAGAUUAUGGUGUUUGGGUAUAAAAAAAAAUCUUGUUGUAUAUCAUACAACUACUCCUGUUUAUCAAGCUCAAUUUUGUCAACGAGGUGGAUAUUUUGCUACAGCAUGUGCUGGAAAUACUGCAAUGAUAUGGAGUACUGAUAGACUUCAACCAUUGAGAAUUUUUGCUGAACCAUUAUCAGAUGUAACAUGUAUUGAUUAUCAUCCAAAUUGUAGUUAUUUAAUUGGUGGAAGUGAUGAUAGGUAUGUAAGAGUAUGGGAUAUUUUAACUGGAAGUUGUGUAAAAACUUUUGCUGGUCAUAAAGGAAGUAUAACAGGAGUAAAAGUUUCACCAGAUGGAAGGUUUAUUGCUUCAACAAGUUCUGAUGGAACACUUAUUAUUUGGGAUUUAGCAACAAGUAAAAUGAUAGCACAUCAAUCAAUAGAAUCCAGUAAUUCAAUGGGUGCUAUAGCUUUUUCAAGAGAUUCUGAAGUUGUAGCUGUUAAUUCACCUUAUCAUGGUAUUAGUUUUUAUGGAAUGGAAGCUUUACGGCAUUCACUUCUUAAUCCAUCUAAUGAUACAACUUUAGUAGAUCAAAGAGUUAAUCCAAAAGGUUUUCAUUUAUAUUCAUAUGCAACAAAAAAUACACCAAUGUUGGGAAUUCAUUUUACCAGACGAAAUUUGGUUGUUGGUCUUGGCGCAUUUAAUCAGUAA